AUGAUCCCUAAGGAGCAGAAGGGGCCAGUGAUGGCUGCCAUGGGGGACCUCACUGGACCAGUCCCUUUGCUGGACCUGGGCAAGAAGCUGAGCGUGCCCCAGGACUUGAUGAUGGAGGAGCUCUCGCUGCGAAACAACAGAGGAUCCCUCCUCUUCCAGAAGAGACAGCGCCGGGUGCAGAGAUUCACCUUUGAGUUUGCAGCCAGCCCACGAGUGAUCAUGGAUGGAAGUGCCAAGGGGAAGGUAACAGGAUCGAAGGUGACAGGAACAGCAGAGCUGGGGACGGUUGCCAAUGACCCCGAGGGGCAGAACUGCCGCUCUGAGCUCCACAUCUUCCCAGCCUCAUCCCAGGGCCCCGAGGACGCCCAUUCUGCAGCCUUCCCCGCAGUGCGUGCCCGCAGCCCCAGCGCCCUGGCACCAGGCUAUGCCGAGCCACUGAAGGGUGUCCCGCCAGAGAAGUUCAACCACACAGCCAUCCCCAAGGGCUACCGCUGUCCUUGGCAGGAGUUCAUCAGCUACCGGGACUACCAGAGGGAUGGCAGAAGUGACACCCCCAGUGUGGCCCAGUAUCGAAAUUUCAACAAGACCCCGGUGCCCUUUGGAGGACCCCUGGUGGGAGAGACCAUUCCCAGGGCAGGCACCCGCUCUGUCCCGGAGCUCAUCAGUGGCUUGGAACUCCUUCGUCUCAGACCCAGCUUCAACAGAGUGGCCCAGGGCUGGGUCCGCAACCUCCCCGAAUCCGAGGAGCUGUAG